CGAAGAGUGCAUUUCUGAUCCGAUAUCUGCAUUCGUCAUCGCUCAUGGAGUAUAAUUCGAGAAGAGGCAUGCUCCAAACAAUUUUUGCUUCCUCCGAGCCUCAGCGUUCCACCAUGUUAUCGGUAACUUUCAGGGAACUGAAAGAGCUUAGCAUAGACAGUGAAUCCGUCUACGAAGUUCUGUCUGUUAUUUCGGAUGAAGCAUUUCCAUCAGAGAGCAUAGCUCCAAGCUCGGCGAAAUGGAGUUCAUCGAUCAAGGCAAGCGUAAACGCUGGCUUAUUCGAGUCGUUGAUGCAUAUAAUUGCCGUACCGUGGAACGAAACCUUGGCGACCGAGUCGGGUGCUAGUCGGCUCGUGCACGGCUACAUGUGUCAAUGGCAGGCAUGGAACAUCGCAGUCCAGGUAUCCAGCUCAGGAAAUAUCCAUGAACUACGCUCUGCGCUUGAUAAAUUGACAAAGCUAAAAGUCGUCGAUAUAUCUUUAAAGACCCUGAGCCAUCGUUUCUUGAUGUUCCGUGGAGUAGCAGUUAGGAUGAUUAGCAUGCUAUGCAGCGCAUCUUUACUUUCGCCGAGAAUCCAGCCACAAGAUGCUGGUAUCCUUCUAUCAGCUUUAUGCACGUUGGCGCUACAAGAUUCGGAGGCAACAUUGGAUCUACUAAUUGAUCCUAGGACGGAAUGGCAGUGGCGACUGGCUAGACUAUAUCCCGAAGAUCCCUGGAGCAAGAAUCGCGAAUCGCGCCGUCUUAUGGCAAGACGCAUCUUCGGAGAGAUACGAUCAAACUCCAUGGAUGCCGCACGCGUUAUUCUCGCUAUGAACCCGAAUUCGUCCCCAAGGACUCGCCUUGAAAUUAUCAGACAUUCUCCAGCUCUUUUUGACUUGCUACUUGAUUGCUGCAUUCUAGAGCGCCUUCAUGGCUACCCAGACGGAGCCACGGCAUCCUUGGCAUGCGCAGCUCUAUGCGAUUUUUUUCGGUGGCCAUCUGACGCAAUUCCUGGGGUCCCGCAUCCAGCGGAGCUGAAAGCGCUUGGUGUAAAGGACGCAAAAGCGAUGGGCCAGUAUACGCAAGUGUUUGUCUCGCAGCCCGACUGGACGGACAGACUCACUCAGGUCUGGAUAAACUCUGUACCUGACCCUAAAGAGACUGAGAAGUGGACGCGUAGUUUUCAUGCUGCUAGAGCACUCUAUGGAAAAUCGCGGGCCCCGUUCACACAAGAUUUGCGUGAGAGUUUUUCUCAGACAGCCGGCCACUGUCGCAUUUGUAUCCUUCGAAUCAUCGCGAUGCUCACAUACAACGCCGAUGCAGCUGGGCUUAAGAACAGCGACAUUUACUCGCUAUUAGCAAUCGCAUACCAGGGCAGCUUGAAGAUUGGCAAAGAGCCUCAUCGCAGCGGAGAUAUCCGCGAAUGGCCAGCAUGGGUGGAGCUUCAAGACAAAAACGACAAAUAUAUUGCCCCUUUUCACGUAUCUCCGGAGCGCGUUUUAGGACCAAUAGCCUUUGCCCGCCUUUUAGUGGUGUUGGCGCAGAGGAAUGCCUUGAACGGCAUCCAGUUCCUGCAAAAGACCCCCGAUGGCAUUUCGUCCACAUCUCUUUCUCAGAUCCAGCAAAUGACGCAUCCGGACGUCAUCAGACGGUUUCUCAAGAUAUCUGUCGGUCGUAUCCGUAGCCGUCUCGACGAGGCCUACGAGUGGAGAGACAAUGGCGUGGGUGGCGCUCCUGCGAUAACACUUGCCAAUCUUGCUUUUUCCGACGCUGCUGAGCUCGCAGCGGCCCUGGUGAUCUUCGAUGAUAUCACAGGCGGCGCAUACGCCCAGGCUGCACCCCGAGUCCGGUACUUGCUCGCGGCGUGCCUGGGUCAUGCUUCUCAUACGGCGUUGGAGCUGAAGCAGUAUCAGCGCGCGUACUUCUGUUCACUGGCAGCCCUCAGUAUUAACGAGAAGAGUGCUCGUGCAGAACAGAUUCCAAACGAAAGAGUCAAGUUUUACACCAGAACGCUCCAGGAAGCCAAGAAAGCGCUUGGGCUGUGACGUUAUCGAUGUUCACCUCGUGUAAGUAACUGUACGUACAGCGCUGCAAACUUGGGGUCCCAUUAUACCCUGUACCAAUUAUGUAAUGUAAUGUGGGCAUGACACCUAUAGAUACUCCAUUUGCACAAUAUUCACCUUGCUUGCUG